CAAACAUUGCAUACGAAAGCUGGCACAUCCCUGGACUUAUUGCCGACGGGCCACUUGUAUGACACUAUCUUAACAGGGAACAAGAAUGACGACUUGUUGGAGUAUAGAAAUCCAUUACGGUUUAUUUGAAGACAGCCUAUUGAUAUAAACCAUAAUGACAUGGAUAUUCUAUUUAUGCCGGUAUGGUAACCCGAGAGACUGCGCCAACUCUUUUAUCCAGUCUGCCCACCUUCGGUGCAUUAGGCCACUUUUUAGGAAUAGUCGGUAUGAUCGGGGUCAGGACCCGAGAUUACUCUUUUUUCUCAACCUGAGAGCCAAACCGAGAUGCGUCCGUAUAUAUAAAGCACGGAAAAUUUUGCCGAGAACGAUAUCAACAUAGGCUCGUUGCCUCGGAACACAGUGAUUUUUUUCUCCCGUCGCAUCGCCAUUAUCUUGAACAGCGUCCCUUUGAUGAUCGUGGUGGCUGGACCGCGAGACGCGGCCCACUGCCGACUCGCAUAGCGUCAACGGUAGCGCUGGGGAAGAGACAAUGAUUGUUUGGAUCACUUACCAUUGGCAGGCACAAGAGAGAUAUCUGCCUUUUCUCCAUACCCCC